AUGGCAUCGGUCGAACCACGCCAGUCAGUCGCCAUUGUUGGCACUGGUAUGGCGGGGUUGAUCACUGCUUGGAUAGUAAGAAACGACUCACGCGCGAGGUUUGAUGUAGAAGUCUUCGAAAAGCAAAAAACUCUGUCGCUUGACUCGGCAUCUCUCACUGUCUCAAAUUUGUCAGGGGAUAAACAACGCGUGGAUUUACCAAUGCGCGCGUUUGCAAGCGGCUUCUAUGAUAAUUUGAAGCGCAUGUAUGAUUAUUUUGGGAUCGAAUAUGGCAAGCAGAAAUUUAUCUUCCCGUUUUCGAUUGUGGAGAAUGAAACAGAGCCUGGCAGGAGUCCCAAAAUACAUACCAGUUUUAUUCAUUCAUCUCACACUCAUCAAUUUCCCCCGCUACGGCCUCAAGGUUCUACAUGGCUUACAUGGCUUAUCGAGGCCCUGUAUCUGGGAAUCUGUUACCUCUGGAUUGUGAGCUGCUCAAUAAUCAUCAAGCCCAAAGAGGCCAAUGGCUCAAGGCCCUCGGAAACAUUUCGUCAGUACGCGGCGCGCAUUCAUUUGCCACAGUACUUCGUGAAGAAUUAUUACCUGCCAAUCAUGUCUGCAGUGACAACCUGCCCUCAUAACGCGCUACUGGAUUUCCCAGCCAUAGACAUCGUCGACUACCAAGCAAAAACUUUCGGGAACUCACAUUACACUGUCAUCGGUGGCGUUAGCAAAGUUCAAGAUAAACUUUCCAAGGGUCUCAACGUGCACUAUUCCUCAGCUGCAAUCAGGGUCGAGAACGUCGGUGCCAAAGUGCAACUGACCUGGAAGAACGAUAUUACUGGCUUGACAGAGUCCAAACUAUUCGAUCAUGUUAUUAUGGCGGUCACACCGGACGUUGUCCGUGCAAUUUUCCCGCCCUUACGAAGUGCGUCGUUAGUGGGGGGGAUCCGUUCCGAACCUGGCCUUCCGUCGCCAGAAAGAAUUCAUCUAUGCUCGAAUUCUUCAUCCACGGAAUUUACGCAUGAACAUCUUUCCUCGGUAAUAAUUACGACUUCGCCUAUUCUUCCUAUUGAUCCCUCAAAAAUCGAACACACUGUGUUCUUUACGCGAACUUUACGAACUCCCCUGAGCCGGAAAGUCACAAAGGAGAUUUUCGACCCGAAGACAUCUGGCGAUUUUGGGGAUUCUAAGCAGUGGCGGAAUGGAGAUGGAAACAUCUGGCUUGUCGGUAGCUGGUGCUGGGAUGGAAUGGUGCUACUUGAAGGCUGCAUUGCUUCCGCACUACGAGUUGCCGAGGAGUUAGACAUCGAGGUGCCAUGGGCAUUAUGA